UGGCAACGCCCGGUAACGGCCACAACAAAGUACCGUUGCAUGGCAACUCUUUUGUUUGGACUUUGUUUACAAAAUCCGUUUGCAAGGCCGCACAAUGGACCUCAUCAAGGAGAUUAACGACAAAUACAUGGCCCUCGAGGCGGAGAUCGACCAGAAGCUGGAGAAGGUGCAAGCCGAGGAACUGAAACUGGAGCGGCAGAACGAGCAGCUGGCCGAGACCUCAAUCUGUGCACCUGCUCCCAAGAUUUUGUCUUACGAGGAGGCUCUCCUGCGGAAUACCAACACCUUGAAGGCUCUGGAAAUAGCCAAGGCCCGUUUGAGAUCGCGCUCCACCUACUCCCCGGUGGAGAAACUGCUCCAACAAGCCCUGCACAACUACCGAAAGGAGCUGGAGAGUCUGCAGGAUGCGGUGGAUGAGCGCCAGGACCAGGAGAGACCAGAAGACCGGAAGGAGGAGGAGGAGGAGGAGGAAAACCUGUAUGAACUGGUCAUGCAGAAUGUGAUGGAAGCCAAGAGGCAGCAGACCGACCUAUAAGACAUGUAUUUCCCUGGAACUCGAGCAGUUCGUGUGGCCAUAUAUGAUCUAGUUGUAUAUAUUGUUCACAAGCUAGACAUUGCCAAGCUGAAUAAACAGGCCGCAAGUGCACACAUUUGCUAGAAA